GGAAUAUCCAAACUUGGCAACUUUCGGCGCAUUUUGGAUACUUGGACACUGUUGACUGCUUUGAAGUUGGAGAAGGGUACAGGAAGAGCAGAGCACUUGUCUUCAGCGGAGUAUGGAGCACGGGUCGGUCCGGUGGAGAGCGCGCGGAGCUGUCCGACAUCUGCUGCUGACCCUCACCUUCCUCACCUGCAGCUCCCGGAUGCUGCUCGUGGACGCCGGCUCCUGGUGGUCCAUGGCAAUGACUUCAAUCCAGCGUCCAGAAAUGUACAUCAUCGGAGCGCAGCCUCUUUGCAGUCAACUCUCUGGUCUCUCACAGGGUCAGAGGAAACUUUGCCAGUUGUACCAGGACCACAUGAUGUACAUCGGAGAUGGCGCCAAAACUGGAAUCAAAGAAUGUCAGUACCAGUUCAGACAGAGGAGGUGGAACUGCAGCACCGUGGACAAUACCUCUGUGUUCGGACGCGUCAUGCAGAUCGGUUCCAGAGAGACUGCCUUCACCUAUGCCAUCAGUGCAGCGGGUGUGGUGAAUGCCAUUAGCCGCGCAUGCAGAGAGGGGGAGCUGUCCACCUGUGGGUGUAGUCGGGCUGCUCGACCCCGAGAUCUGCCGCGUGAUUGGCUGUGGGGCGGCUGCGGAGACAACGUGCAUUAUGGGUACAGGUUUGCCCGCGAGUUUGUGGAUGCCCGGGAGAGAGAGAAGAACUACCCACGAGGCAGUAUGGAGCACGCAAGGACGCUAAUGAACAUCCAGAACAACGAAGCAGGGAGACAGGCGGUGUAUAACCUGGCCAACGUGGCGUGUAAGUGUCAUGGCGUCUCAGGCUCAUGCAGUCUGAAGACGUGCUGGCUACAACUAGCAGACUUCAGACGAGUCGGAGAGUUUCUCAAGGAGAAGUAUGACAGUGCCGCUGCCAUGCGCAUUGGGAGAAAGGGCAAACUGGAGCUAGUUGACAAGCGCUAUAACACCCCCACACCUGAAGACCUAGUUUACAUAGAUCCGAGUCCCGACUACUGCCUCCGGAACGAGACCACGGGCUCUAUGGGGACCACCAGCCGCCUUUGCAACAAGACCUCUGAAGGCAUGGAUGGCUGUGAGCUCAUGUGCUGUGGGAGAGGCUACGACCAGUUCAAAACAUACAAGCACGAACGCUGCCACUGCAAGUUCCACUGGUGUUGUUAUGUCAAAUGCAAGAGGUGCACAAUGCUGGUGGACCAAUAUGUGUGUAAAUAAAACCACAAUACACUGCUGGUGCCAUAAGGAGUCCUAAGAAUUUUCAGUGUUGUGGUUUUGUACAGAAAUUUAGAAUCCAUCAGUAAAUCAAAGCCACCAAAGACGCUAUGUAUGGACAAUGCGAGUGGUACAAGAUUUGUCAAGUGAAGAUGCUGAUUUGUAAAGAUGCCUUGACAAUUGCUGCUGAAAUGCAAAAUCAACAUUGCAUUGCAGACUACCAAAAUUAUUAAAAAGCACAAGGUGGAUUAUAUGUUGGACAAUAUUCAACAUUGUCUACAUUAACUAGAAUUUCAUGAUAACUUCCCUGCUAAUUCAAACAUCCUAAAUAUUACAAUCAAAAACCCAAUGCUAGCUUAAAGGGCCCAUGUUAUGCUAUUUUCCAAGAUAUGUUAUAAUGGUGUUUCCUCAUCAAAAACAUGCCCAGGAUUGUAUUUCUUUCACACAUGUUUAACACACAAAUCCUGUAUAUUUAAGCUGAAUUCUUCUCUCAAACUGAAAACACUCUGUUCCAACUUGUGAUGUCAUUUGGUAAUACAGGAAGUGCUCCACUGUGUUUUUAAACUCCAAAUACCUUUACUAGAACAAGUUUGAUAAUUUCAGCCCUGGAACUGCCAAUCUCUUAAGGAAGAAAAGGUAAAAGGUAGCUGUUAACUUGAAAACUACCAUGUAAUGUAGUGGUAGUUUUCACUGGUGGAACAGAGCAUUUUGAGCUUUGGAGAUAGACAGAUAGACUAAUAAUAAAGGGUUAUUCUAACAUAUUUGCAUGAAACAAAAUACAGCUCCAGGUAUGUUUUUGAUGAGGUAACAACAUUAUAACAUGGCUUAAAGCUCGCAAGAGAAGGUUUUGUGUAACAUAGGACCCUUAAACAUCGUCAGAUAUCUACCACAUCAGUGCAACUCUACAAUAGCAAAUGAGGCCUCAGAAAGACUCUACAGCCACAAGUUGAAUACUAGGUCAAUAGAAAGAUAUUGUAUCAACAUUUUUUCCUGAAUGCAUUGAAAAUGAUCUGACAAAAUCACUGAAUAAAUUGCAUAACUUAAAAAAACUGACAUUUUCUAUCUUGAAGCACAUCCCAAUAAUGCUUUCUGUGGAGAUCUCUACCAUUAGAAUAGGACAAGGCAAGAUUGUGUCUACAACUACAAUGGACACAUACCAUCUAAUCCUUGCAUCUAUGAGUGUGAAAAAAUGUUGAAAUAAGAAUAUAAAGAAUAAUAAGUAAUAAGUCACACAAGUCAGGUUAUUUAUGAACUGGCAAAACGGAUUGUGUGCAAGAAUUUCAAAUCUACCUUUUUGCGAACCGGUUAAAGUGAUUGCGUCGUCAAUGUUCAUUAUGCUCAUAAAAUUUAUUAAACCUUUACUGUUAUGCUAAUUUGACUUUUUUGAGUUUUAACCAUCUUAUAAUGUUGUUUCUUUACUAAAAACAUAACUGGAGUUGCAUUUUGUUUCAUUCACAAUGUUUGGUUUUAAGAAGAAUACUUGGUUUCAGCUCACCACUUGAGUUUCAUUUAUCCAUUUAUCUUCACUGGACUUUUUUUAAAAUUAUUUCCAGUUGGUUUUACUACAUCUAGAUUUACUAGGGUCAUGAUGGCAGUUGGCAGGGCUGCUUUUUGGCUUUUCAACAUUGUUUAUUACCCACUGUAUCCAGCAGAGGACAAGCAACCCACACAUUUCAACCUUUCUGUUCAGCUUUCUUAAAAUAGAUGUUUCUCAUACGUAGGCAUUAUUUUAAGUUAAUUUUUUUUUUUUUUUUAAAUUACACCUUUGCAGAAUUUCUAUAAAAUGAUUUAAGAAUGUUUGAAAAAGGCAUAAAUGUUGUCUUAUAAUACAUAAUUCGGUUGUCACAUGCUCACUAACAUCUAACUAUCUAAAGUCUCCUAAAUAUUUAUGUUAAUGGGUUUUGUUAUUGUCAGCCAUGUUGAAACUGCUCCAUGUCCUUCAGCUGUCAGUGGAAAAAGCAGCUUGUCCAUUAUAAAGAUGAAUGUCCCAUAAUGAAGCCAACUAUAGACAUAUUAACUGGGAUCAGCCUAUACUUGCUGUACAAUUGGCAAUUUGUAUCCCAAACCAUGAAAAUGUGUGUUGCCA